CUCAGCGAACACUGCGAUUUUUACUGCUCUCAGCGACUGCAGCUUGAUGUCGUGUGGGCUUUCAGGAGGACUGUUUUCCAUUAACUACUGGAUAUAUUAUCACUAUCAGCACCAAGGGACCGACCCAUGAGCCAAGGCAGAAUCGUUCUUCUCUCAUAAACAGCUGAAGGUGCAGCUCUGAGAUGACCGUGUCACUGUUCUGUCAUAGGACAGUCCUAUUGGCUGUGGCCUUAUGUUUCCUGCCUUACAUCACUUCCUCCCUCAACCUAGAGGAUCCCAAUGUCUGCAGCCACUGGGAGAGUUACUCAGUGACAGUGCAGGAGUCGUACGCCCAUCCUUAUGAUCAGAUUUAUUACACCAGCUGCACCGACAUCCUUAACUGGUUCAAGUGCACCAGACACAGGGUGAGCUAUCGCACAGCUUAUCGUAGAGGAGAGAAGACCAUGUAUAGGAGAAAGUCCCAGUGCUGCCCAGGCUUCUUCGAGAAUGGAGAGAUCUGUGCUCCUCAUUGUGCAGAGAGCUGUGUUCACGGCCGUUGUAUGGCCCCCAACACCUGCCAGUGUGAGCCGGGCUGGGGGGGCUCCAACUGCUCCAGUGCUUGUGACAGUUACCAUUGGGGUCCUCACUGCAGUAACAGAUGUCAGUGCCAGAACGGAGCAUUGUGUAACCCCAUCACAGGAGCCUGUAUCUGCACUCCUGGAUAUAGAGGCUGGCGCUGUGAGGCCCAGUGUGAAGUGGGCACCUAUGGUAACGGAUGCCAACAGAAAUGCCAGUGCCAGAAUGGAGCCACCUGUCACCAUGUGACCGGAGAAUGCAAGUGCUCACCAGGAUACACUGGAGCUUUCUGUGAAGAUCUGUGUCCUCCAGGUAAACAUGGGCAGCAAUGUGAGGAGAGAUGUCCGUGUCAGAAUGGAGGAGUGUGUCACCAUGUGACUGGAGAGUGCUCCUGUCCUGCAGGAUGGAUGGGUACAGUGUGUGGCCAGCCAUGUCCAGACGGGAGAUUUGGACAAAACUGUUCACAGGAAUGUCAGUGCCACAACAACGGCCUCUGUGUGCCAUCCAAUGGACGGUGUCUCUGCAGCCCUGGAUACACAGGAGAACGGUGCCAGGAUGAGUGUCCAGUUGGUACUUAUGGUGCUGGCUGCACAAAGAUGUGUCGCUGUAAGAACAACAGCAAGUGCAACCACACCAACGGCUUGUGUCUGUGUGAGCCAGGAUACAAAGGGGAGACAUGUGACAUCCGAUUGUGUCCUGGAGGACAGUAUGGCCUCCAAUGUGAUAGGAAGUGUCCGUGCUACACACAGAACACACGCAGCUGCCAUCCAAUGUCAGGGGAGUGUACAUGUCAGCCUGGUUGGGCAGGCCUCUACUGCAAUGAGACAUGCACCCCAGGAUUUUAUGGCGAGUCCUGCCAGCAGGUGUGCCAGUGCCAGAACGGUGCCGACUGCCACAGCGUGACUGGAGAGUGUAUCUGUGCUCCAGGCUUUACGGGUCCCAACUGUACAGUCCCCUGCCCAGCAGGAACAUAUGGAUUGAACUGUUCCUCUAGCUGUAACUGUAAGAACAGAGCUCAGUGUUCAUCUGUGGAUGGAUCCUGCUCCUGUAAACCAGGGUGGCAUGGGGUGGACUGCUCCAUCAACUGUCCCAGUGGUACCUGGGGUCUGGGCUGUAACCUCACCUGUAUGUGUGGGAAUGGAGGAGCGUGUAAUGUGCUGGACGGUCACUGUACCUGUGCUCUAGGCUGGAGAGGAGAGAGGUGUGAAUUCCAGUGCCAGGAUGGUACCUAUGGUCAGGACUGUAAAGAACGCUGUGAUUGCAGUCAUGCUGAUGGAUGUCACCACUCUACUGGUCACUGCCGCUGUCUGGCUGGAUGGACUGGUAUCCACUGUGACAGUGUGUGUGCAGAGGGCCGCUGGGGCCCAAAUUGCUCCCUCCCCUGUAACUGUAAGAAUGGAGCGUCCUGUUCUCCAGAUGAAGGAACCUGUGAGUGUGCUCCAGGAUACAGAGGCACUACAUGUCAGAGGAUCUGCUCUCCUGGUUACUUUGGUCACCGCUGCAGUCAGACAUGUCCACAUUGUGUCCACAGUAAUGGACCAUGUCACCACAUCACAGGACAGUGUGACUGUCUGCCGGGCUUCAAGGCGGCACUGUGCAACGAGGUGUGUCCCAGUGGUCGCUUUGGGAAGAACUGUGCCUGGAGUUGCAGCUGCACCAACAACGGCACAUGUAACCCCAUUGAUGGCUCCUGUCAGUGUUAUCCAGGAUGGAUCGGCAGCGACUGCUCCCAGCCAUGUCCACCUGGUCAGUGGGGACCCAAUUGCAUCCACACAUGUAACUGUCACAAUGGAGCCUACUGCAGCGCCUAUGAUGGAGAAUGCAAGUGCACCCCAGGAUGGACCGGCCUCUACUGCACACAACGUGUUGUCGGUUAG